CACUAAAGGGUGUUAUUUACAUCUGGUCACGAAAUUCGCAUUCAAAACAUUUCAUCACAAUUUUUUCCGUUGUUUACAACUAAAACACAAAAGCUGGGGGUAUUUGAAAAGAAAGACCUUUAAGCCUGUCAAAACCGCUCCAUGAAUGGUCCACUCCGCCUUGUCAAGCUGACCACACGUGCGAUUGCCUCACUGACGCUGAACAUCCCACAGAGGAGUCGCGGGCUGAAGACCAUGUCCGGUCGGGAUGUCUCCCCCGAGUUGGUUGCGCAGCUGGGGAAGCCGCCCAGGAUGCGCAAGGAUCCAGCAUUCAAAAAGGUGCAAACUCCAGAGUUCCGAAGCGUAUUCACUCCCGAGCUGAAGGAGCUGGAGGCUCUCUUCAAGAAGUACGACUACGAGCUGCGGAUUGCCGGCGGGGCUGUGCGCGACAUCCUGAUGAGUAUUCCACCGAAGGAUAUUGACCUAGCCACCACCGCCACUCCGGAACAGAUGAAGGCGAUGUUUGAAAAGGAGGAGGUGCGGAUGAUUAACGCGAAUGGCGAAAAACACGGAACUAUCACCCCCCGCAUUAACGACAAGGAGAACUUCGAGGUGACCACGCUGCGAAUCGACAUCCGCACCGAUGGACGCCAUGCGGAGGUGAUGUACACCACCAACUGGCAACUGGACGCGAACCGCCGAGACCUGACGAUUAACUCCAUGUUCCUGGGCUUUGAUGGCACGGUCUACGACUACUUCUAUGGCUACGACGAUCUGCAGGAGCGCCGUGUGGUCUUUGUAGGCGAAGCUGACAUCCGGAUCAAGGAGGACUUCCUUCGCAUCCUGCGCUACUUCCGUUUCUACGGUCGCAUAGCCAAGGAUGAGAAGAACCACGAUGAGGCCACUCUGGCUGCUGUAAAGGAGAACGCGGGAGGCCUUGCUAGGAUAAGCGGCGAACGGAUAUGGACGGAGCUGCAGAAAAUAGUGGUGGGCAAUUACGGAUCCGAACUGCUUCUGGAGAUGCACCGUUGCAACCUUUUUGAGCACAUUGGGCUGCCUGUUGAGCCCAACCUGGAGGAAUUCGAGCGGCUUUGUGCAGGCCUGGAGAACUUCGAGAAGCCGCAUUACCCCAUUCUGUACAUAGCAGGGAUGCUGCAUUCCGUGGAUGAUGCCAUGGCAAUGCACAAGCGUCUAAAGCUAUCCGCCUACGAAAGGGACCUGGCUAGGUUUAUCACCCAGGAGCGGGAGAAGGUGGGCACAGAUUACACAACCUUGCGCGACUACCAAAAACUUUGCUUGAAGAAAUACAUCCAACGAGAUUACGUGGAACAGUUACUGAAGUACUCCAACAAACUGGAACUUUAUAAUCAGCUUAAGGCUUGGGUCACACCAGACUUUCCAAUUAGAGGAAACACUUUGGCUGAGCAUGGUCUUAAAAGCAAACGACUUGGUCUUGUUCUAGAUGAACUGAAGCUGCUUUGGGCAGACAGCGAUUUUCAACUUACCCAUAAGGAGCUGCUAACAAAGAUUCCCGACGUCUUGGAAAAGAUACCAAGUUCCCCCAAACGCGUGAAGUAGGAAUUGGUAAUUGAUGCGAAGCACUACUUCGUUGGUGCUCAGAUUUAAUAAAGUUUAUUGGAUUA